UCUUCCUCUGUCUCUCUCCGUGUGUCUCUCUCUCACUGUCUCUCUCUCUCUCUCUCUCUCUCUCUGUCUUUCGGAUAUUGUAUCGAUGAGACGAUGGGUAUCGAUGUGUGUGGAAGGGAGAGCGAGUGUCAGAGAGACAGAGUCACGGACCGGUCACUCCCUCCUACACGAGCUUCCCGGUUGCGCACGCUACGGGAGUCUAUAAAAGCUGGCAUCUCGAGACAGUAACAAUCAAGCAGCAAAUAAAUACAGCAUCGCAGGCGCGAACCACUGCAGGCAAAUACCACUUACCAUCAAUUUAGGAAUAUUCUCUGUGUUGUUAGUUUUUCUUCAAUCAAGGGAGUAUACUUGUUACAUUUUUAAAUAGAGUAACAUUGUAUUUAUCUAGAUACAGGUCAUAAUCUGUUAUCUGUCAUGCUUCACCGGGUGUGGGCCCAACUCCCGUGGUUGCUCGCGCAGCUGCUCGCCAUGCUAUGCUCCACUGGACAGGCGCGUGCCAAAUUAAACUCCAUCUCAACGGAGUCGCACGAGACGUCAGCCUACAAGAGCACGGGUUCCCCGUUACCCGGUACGGUGAGGAAGAGCAGCAAGGUCCCGGAUCAGGUGUACCCCUGUGGCAGCGACCUGGAAUGUGGCGAGGGGAGCUUUUGCCAGGCUCCCUCCAGAAGCCCCUCCCCACAACGAUGUCACACCUGCCGACAGAGGAAGAGGCGUUGUCAUAGAGACGCCAUGUGCUGCCCCGGCAACCAUUGUAGAAACGAUAUCUGUACCUCUCUCCCAGACAAUGUGAUGACACAUCAUAUUACUGCGUUAGAGGAACACACCAGACUGGCCCCAAAGAAGAAGGUUGGUUGGAGGAAGAGAGGGAGAGGUCAGACCAAGCUACCCCCCAUCAAAGGUCAGCUGGGUGACCCGUGUCUCAGGUCUACAGAAUGUUCUGAAGGUCUGUGUUGUGCCCGUCACUUCUGGGACAGGAUCUGUAAGCCAGUGCUGAGGCAUGGGGAGGUGUGUACACGGCACGGCAGGAAAGGACAGCACGGCCUGGAGCUGUUCCAACGCUGUGACUGUGGAGAGGGAUUGGCCUGCCAAGUACUCCGUACAGCCCUGCCAUCUUCCUCAUCAUCAUCAUCAUCGUCGUCGUCGAAGUCGAAAGCAGCAGCAGCUAAAGCAAGAUUGUACUUGUGUCAGAGGGAGUGA